AUGCGCCAAAUUGAGCGUCGGGAUGAAGCCACAGGUGAAAGCCGAGUGGUAACAGUAGUGACGCCACCAGCAGCAACCCGGAAAAGGCCAGCGGAUGAAGAUGAUGAAAUCGAUCAGAAUGCUCACAACUUCUGGACGAAAUACUGCCGGGGUGAGGCAUCUGCGACAGCCUCAUCUGCGGCAGCGGCAGCUUCAUCUGCGGCAGCUUCAACGGCUUCGCCCGCGGAGUUGGAUCCAGCGAUCGAGGCAUCCAUGAUAGCGGAGCUGGAGACACAGCUCAUGGACGAUGAGCCUGCACCUGCCUCUGCCACACUGGAAGCGACAGUGCCUACUCCUACAGAUGAUGCUGUCCGGGCUGUUGGCGGCGACGGAAAUGCCGCUAAGGGUUCUGGUGCAGCAGAUGAUGAGACUGCCGGACAAGGCGCCAGCAAGAGUGCAUGUGCAUCAGUUGCUGCGGUUGCUGUAGCCGGACAUGACACUGGCAAUGGUGCAGGUUCAACAGAUGCUGCGGUUGGACAAGACGCUGGCAAUGUUGCAGGUUCAGCAGCAGAUGCUCCGGUUGGACAAGACGCCAGCAAUGUUGCAGGUUCAGCAGCAGAUGCUCCGGUUGGACAAGACGCCAGCAAUGUUGCAGGUUCAGCAGCAGAUGCUCCGGCUGGACAAGACGCCCGCAAUGAUGCAGGUUCAGCAGCAGAUGCUCCGGCUGGACAAGACACCGUCAAUGAUGCAGGUUCAGCAGCAGAUGCUCCGGUUGGACAAGACACCGGCAAUGAUGCAGGUUCAGCAGCAGAUGCUCCGGUUGCUGAAGAAGGACACGACACCGGCAAUGUCAUCGUAGCGGAGUCCGCUGAGGCCGUUCGCGAAAGGGCUCGUGUCCAUGAGAUUCUGUAUUCCUCUUCUGCUGCCGAUGUCAGCAAUGACGAUGAGACCCAUGAAAGCGAAGAUGGUGGUGAGGAUUAUUUUUCGGAGCCUGCCGGCCCUGACGACAACCUCAAUGACGAGGGCUACUCCAGUGAUGGCACUGAUGGCUUGGGCACUGUAGUGCCAACAUGGGUCCGGUGGGCCAAGGCAUCUUAG